UAUAGAGAGAGAGGCACAUGAAGAGAUAAAUGUCAACGUCUGAAUCCUCUUUCUUUGAGGCAUUUCGUCCCCUUCUCUCUCUCUCUCUCUCUCUCUCUCCAAAUAAUUAGGUUCCUCAUAGCCAUUAAAACGCAGUGAAAGGUGUGCUGAAUUCGGAGAAGAAGGGGUGAGGGGUGAGAGGAGGAAGAUCGAUGGCUCAGAUACUGCUCCACGGAGAUCUUCAUGCAACUAUAUAUGAGAUUGAUAAGCUCCAUACUGGAACUCUCACUAAGUUCUUUCAUAAGGUGGUAGAGGGAAUUGAGGAAGUACUGGGUUUUGGAGAUACAGCUUCGAAGCUGUACGCAACCAUUGAUUUGGGAAAAGCAAGAGUUGGCAGAACCAGAUUGCUAGCUCACCAACACUCAAAUCCUCGUUGGUACGAGUCUUUCCACAUAUACUGUGCCCACAUGGCGUCUCAAGUGGUGUUCACUGUCAAAGUUGACAAUCCCAUUGGGGCAGAACUGAUUGGGAGAGCUUAUCUACCUGUUGAGGAACUGCUUGCAGGAGAAGAAGUGGAUAGAUGGCUUGAGAUCCUCAAUGAUGAUCAUAAGCCGAUACACGGCCACUCCAAGAUACAUGUCAAGUUGCAGUUCUACGAUGUCACUCGUGAACGUUGUUGGGCUCGAGGACUUAAGAGCCCCAAGUUUCCUGGCGUCCCCUUUACGUUCUUUCCGCAAAGGAAAGGAUGCAGAGUUACUCUUUACCAGGAUGCUCAUGUUCCCGACAAUUUCAUCCCGAGGAUUCCUCUUUCUGGUGGGAAGUACUACGAGCCACACCGUUGUUGGGAAGACAUCUUUGAUGCUAUCUCUAAUGCAAAGCAUUUGAUUUACAUAACUGGUUGGUCUGUGUACACUGAGAUUACGUUAGUGAGAGACACGAGAAGGCCGAAGCCCGGUGGAGAUAUUACUCUUGGGGAACUUCUCAAGAAAAAGGCCAACGAAGGAGUGAGGGUUCUGAUGCUCGUUUGGGAUGAUAGGACUUCUGUAGGUUUGUUGAAACAAGAUGGAUUGAUGGCCACUCACGACGAGGAAACGGGAAACUAUUUUCGUGAUACUGAAGUACAUUGUGUCUUGUGUCCUCGUAAUCCUGACGAUGGGCGGAGUAUCAUUCAGAACAUAGAAAUCGGCACGAUGUUCACUCAUCAUCAGAAAAUUGUGGUAGUGGAUAGUGAACUGCCUAAUGGAGAUGCAGAGAGGAGAAGAAUUGUGAGCUUCAUAGGUGGUAUUGAUCUAUGUGAUGGGAGAUAUGACACUCAAUUUCAUUCCCUUUUCAGGACUUUGGACACAGCCCACCAUGAUGAUUUUCAUCAGGCAAAUUUUAAAGGAGCCACCAUACAAAAAGGUGGUCCAAGGGAGCCUUGGCAUGAUAUCCACUGCAAGUUGGAAGGGCCGGCCGCUUGGGAUGUUCUUUACAAUUUCGAGCAGAGGUGGAGGAAACAAGGCGGCAAGGACUUGCUUUUGGAACUUCAAGAACUUCAAAGAAUUAUAAUUCCACCAUCUCCAGUCACAUUCCCGGAUGAUCAUGAAACGUGGAACGUUCAAGUGUUUCGUUCCAUUGAUGGUGGAGCGGCUUUCGGCUUCCCAGAUUCACCCGAAGAAGCAGCAAAAUCUGGCCUUGUGAGCGGCAAGGAUAACAUCAUCGACCGUAGCAUCCAAGAUGCUUACAUCCAUGCUAUUCGUCGUGCAAACAGAUUCAUCUACAUUGAGAAUCAAUACUUCUUAGGAAGCUCCUUCUCGUGGUACUCAAAGGACAUCAAAGACGCGGAUAUUGGAGCUCUACACUUAAUCCCAAAGGAACUCUCACUGAAGAUAGUGAGUAAGAUUGAAGUAGGAGAGCCGUUCAGAGUUUACAUUGUCAUCCCAAUGUGGCCAGAGGGCUACCCAGAGACUGCAUCUGUCCAGGCUAUACUGGAUUGGCAGAAGAGGACCAUGGAGAUGAUGUACAGAGACAUAGUUGAAGCCCUUAAAGCAAAGGGAAUAGUUGCAAAUCCUAAGGACUAUUUGACAUUCUUUUGUCUCGGUAAUAGAGAGGUAAAAAGGAGUGGAGAAUAUCAGCCCUCGGAGAAACCUGAUCCUGAUACGGAUUACGCUAGAGCUCAGGAAGCUAGGAGAGGAAUGAUAUAUGUCCAUGCCAAGAUGAUGAUCGUUGAUGAUGAAUACAUAAUUAUAGGAUCUGCCAAUAUCAACCAAAGGUCCAUGGAUGGCGCCAGGGACUCAGAAAUUGCGAUGGGAGCGUAUCAGCCAUAUCAUCUAUCGUGCAAGCAGCCCGCCAGGGGUCAGAUUCAUGGCUUCCGAAUGGCGUUGUGGUACGAGCACAUGGGCAUGUUGGACAAUUGCUUUUGUCAUCCAGAAAGGUUGGAGUGCAUUCAAAAGGUAAACCAAAUAGCUGAAACAAACUGGGAUCUCUACACCCGGGAAGUUCUGGAAAGAGAUUUGCCGGGACAUCUACUUAGCUAUCCUAUUGGAGUCUCAUCGGAUGGAACAGUUACUGAGCUGCCUGGAACGGAGAAUUUCCCGGACACAAAGGCUCGAGUUCUUGGCUCCGUGGCCGAAUUCUACCCUCCAAUCCUCACUACAUAGUAUUGCUACUUAAUCCUCAAGUCAUGUAAUAACGAGACUGACGAAAAUAAGGUACAUUUUGUACUUAUGUAUAAUAAUAGUCUUGAACCGUUGUGUCUACUCGUAAAUUCUAGGCGUUUUUGCACAUGGACAAUUAUUCAUGUUGUGUGUUUGAUGAAUUAUAUUAUUAAUAAUAACACGUUAAAGAAA